UAUAUAUAACCCAUUCAACAAGCGGGAAACCACGAGAGGGUGGGAGGGCGACAAAGAAUGGAUGAUUCGGGAGCGAUUCUCAGCCAUAUUUCUUCACUGAAGGACAUGUUGGAUCAGAUCAAUGAAGAAAUUGAAGCGAAUAUCCAGAUCACGUCCGAUAUUGAAUCUGAGAUCGUUAAAUGUACGGAGAUCGAAACCGCUUUAGCGGUAAAAGAAUCCGAGUUGACCAAGAUGCUCUUCAUCUCUCAAUUUGAAAUCAUCGGAUUUCAGUCCGUUACCGUUGAUUCAAGGAAGUCAAUGAAAGUUUUGGAGGACGAAUUAAGUAAUCUGAAAACAAAGCGGGAUGACAUACUGAAAAGAAUGAACAAGAAGCGGGAAUGUUUUACUGCACUCUGCCUAGAAUUUCAGAGGGACAUUGGCGAGGGUAAAAAUGAUGAGCUGGUAAACUUGUCAUCUGAGAAGGAGAGUCUUGAAAAUGAAGUUCAUAUGUUGGGUGAAAAAAUUAAUACAAUGCAAAAUGUGAUGCUUGUAUUUGAGGAAGAAAUCCUUGAAGAUCUUCACAAGUCCAAUUCUGCUGUACAUUUUGAGAUACAAAACGAUAAACAAGAGAACGAGAUAUUGCUGAAGGAUAUUGAAAAUUUGAGGAGUACGUUGCUUCACUAUUAUGAUUCAUCGUGAUUACAAAACAAAGCUUGAAAGUGUAGUCCUUAGAAUCAAAGCUGGACCACUUCUGUUCAUAUUUUCAUUUCACACUGAGAACCUGAAAGGCCAGGAGCUAUCAAGGUAGGGGUGGGACAUUGGAGAUUGUUUGUUAGCACGCUCACCAAUGAGUACGAUACUUGUUUCUUCCCAGUAUAAGCGUGGAAAAGAGGUAGGUAAACAAUUGCACCAAAUUUGAAGUUUGAAGACUCGUUGGGUUCACGAAUAAACUUAUUUUUUUUAUCUAAAAGAAUAUAUCGGUCGGUAGGGAUUUAUUCUUGCAUUGAAUGUCUAAUUGUCUUGUAGUAAUGAUAAUGUUAAUAUCUUGAAUCCCAAGUCCAAGCCAAUAUUGAGAACAUGGCUUGGGGAAAAAAAAAACCAAAUAACUAUGCCCACCCAAGGUUUGGUAAAACUUUAUUUUGCACCUUUAAGUUUGAACCUCUUUCCCUUUCAUUCCAUCUUCUUUCUCCCAUUCAUUUAUCUUUAACAAAUAUCAACAUUUUUCUGUU